AUGUAUGACUCUACCAUGGACCACAUCAUCUGCUGCCUACUGGUCCUGGGAGCCACACUGAUGACCGCUCAUGCAUGCCCCAAGUACUGUGCUUGCCAGAAUCUGUCCGAGUCCCUGGGGACGCUGUGUCCCGCCAAAGGCCUUCUGUUCGUGCCUCCAGACAUCGACCGCAGCACGGUGGAGCUCCGGCUGGGAGGCAACUACAUCCUCCGCAUCACGCAGCAGGACUUUGCCAACAUGACGGACCUGGUGGACCUGACUCUUUCCCGGAACACCAUCAGCUACAUCCAGCCCUUCUCUUUCGGUGACCUGGAAACGUUGCGCUCUCUUCACCUGGACAACAACCGCCUGACAGAGCUGGGGCCUGAUGAUUUGCGGGGGUUAGUAAACCUGCAGCACUUAAUUGUAAACAACAACCAGCUGGGACGAGUCCACGACAAGGCUUUUGAGGACCUGGCUCCUGCCCUGGAGGAUCUAGACCUGUCCUACAACAACCUGAGGGGUCUGCCCUGGGACUCCGUCCGACAAAUGAUCAACCUGCACCAGCUCAGUCUGGACCACAACCUGUUGGACUUUAUCCCCGAGGGUACCUUCACUGACCUGGAGAGGUUGGCCAGACUGGACCUGACAUCGAACCGCUUGCAGAAACUGCCCCCGGAUCCCAUCUUUGCCCGCGCCCAGGACUCCAUGAUCCUGACCACGCCCUUCGCCCCGCAGCUGUCCCUGAGCCUGGGCGGGAACCCGCUGCACUGUAACUGCGAGAUGCUGUGGCUGCGCAGGCUGGAGAGGGACGACGACCUGGAGACCUGCGCCUCGCCGCCGGCCCUGAAGGGCCGCUACUUCUGGAACGUCAAAGAGGAGGAGUUUGCGUGUCAGCCGCCGCUCAUCACCCAGCACACCCACAGGAUGCUGGUUUUGGAGGGGCAGACUGCCAGCCUGCGGUGCGAGGCCACUGGAGACCCUUCCCCCACCAUCCACUGGAUCUCACCCGACGAUCGACUGCUGGGCAACACCUCCCGGACCGCGGUCUACAGCAACGGCACGCUGAGCAUCACCAUCACCACCUCCAAAGACUACGGUACCUUCACCUGCAUCGCUGCUAACGUGGCGGGUGAAUCCACGGCGUCUGUGGAGGUGUCCAUCGUCCAGCUCCCCCACCUCAGCAACGGCACCGGGCAGCCGGCCCAGCCGAAGUCCCGGCUCUCUGAUAUCACGGGAACGACCAGAAUCAGCAAAGGAACUCCCAAGAGCCAGCCGGAGAGGGUGGUGUCUGUGUCUGAGGUCACGGCCGUUUCAGCGCUGGUCAAGUGGACCGUCAGCAAGUCGGCGCCCAAAGUCAAGAUGUACCAGCUCCAGUACAACUGCUCUGAUGACGAGGUUCUCAUCUACAGGAUGAUUCCAGCCUCCAACAAGGCUUUCCUGGUGACCAACCUGGUGUCGGGGACCCGCUACGACCUGUGCGUCCUGGCGGCGUGGGACGACAGCGCCACCACGCUCACCGCCACCAACGUGGUGGGCUGCACCCACUUCUUCACGGAGGACGACUACCCGCAGUGCCAGUCCCUGCCCAGCCAGCUGCUGGGGGGCACCAUGAUCCUGGUGGUGGGGGGCGUCAUCGUGGCCACCCUGCUGGUCUUCAUCGUCAUCCUCAUGGUGCGUUACAAAGCGGCGGACGCCGACCCCCCGGCGGGGAAGCUGACCAACGUCAGCGACACGCACUCCCAGACCAACGGGGGCCGGCUGGGGCAGAACGGGCUCCUGCUGCCGCAGAGCCAGCCGCAGCCCGAGCCCGAGGCCAAGGUCAAGGCCAAGGUCACUCUGCAGGACGAGGUGGUGGAGUUCAAGUGCGGCUCUCUCCAGAGCAGCCUCACGUCCUCGUCCGACUCCUCGGGCUCCACGGCGGCCGGCGGCUCGUACAGCCCCAACAGCACGCUGGCCAGCAUCUGGAGGUCGGCCCACUCCAAGAACCGGGCCAACCUGGACCAGCUCCUGGGAGCCUUCACCGCACUGGAGCUCCGGGGGGGUCAGGGCCGCGACCCGGCGGCCUCGGGCGGCGCCCCGACGGCCGCCGCCGCGUCCGCGAAGCCCCGCACGGACAGGGAGCCCCUGCUGGGCCGGACGCUGGACUCCAGCUUCAGCCGGCUCCUGCUGCUGGACUCCAAGCCCAGACGGAGCCAGUCCUUCGACAUGGGGGACGUGACGGGCGCCGGCGCCUCGCAGCUCCACAGCAAGCCCCGCCGGAUCAGCAGCAUCUGGACUAAGAGGAGCCUGUCGGUCAACGGCAUGCUGCUGCAGUGCGAGGAGGAGGGCGACACGGGCGGCAGCAAAGGCACGCUGGACAGCGCCGACUGGGUGAUGGAGAGUACUGUCUAG